AUGGCAAGCUCUAAGAAUGCAGUCUUGGUCGACCCCUCGGUCUUUGACCCAGCAGCAAUCAGUCAAGACACUCAUGCAUUCAACCAGAAGCUUAUGGACAUCAUGAGAGGGGCACCAAAGUGGUACGAAGUUGGUGCAGAGCAGUAUCGCAAGAUGCGGGAGCGAGGCGAGACACCCUUGCCUCCUCUCACACUACUCGACUCAGCCGAGCAGACCAGUAUACCAUCUCGAGAUGCAGGUCGAGACAUCCCAUGCCGAGUUCUUAGACCUCAAAAUGGCAAGCCUAUCUCGGGCGUCUACUAUCACAUACACGGCGGAGGAUGGGUUCUGCAAACCGAAAAAUCACAGGACAUUGUCCUGCAGAAUCUAGCAAACACGAACGGGAUCUUGCUGUUCUCUGUUGGCUACCGCCUCGCUCCAGAGAAUCCUUUUCCUGCUGGACCGAAUGACUGUUAUGACGCCGCGGAGUGGCUAGUAGAUAAUGCAGAGUCCAGAUUCGGUGCGCCGCUGAAAUACAUUGGCGGUGAGAGUGCUGGUGCUCAUUUGUCGAUGCUGGCGAUGUUGCAUCUGUUGCAGCACAAGGAAAGCAGAUACAACUCUUUCAAUUUUUCUGGUCAAAUUCUGCACUUUGGCGCAUAUGACUUGACCAAUUUACCGCAAACCUAUAACUUCGACCCUCCAGAAGUCCUGGUUCUGGACCAGGAUUUAAUGAACCACUACUUCGACGCUUUUCUACCGGGAAAAAGUCUGGUAGAGAAGAAGCAUCCAAGCAUCAGUCCAUUGUAUGCUGAUUUAACCUCGUUGAGAGGGAGGCUCGCGCCUGCUCUCUUCACGUGUGGUACCUCAGAUUGUCUGCUUGACGACACGAUUUUCAUGAGUGCAAAAUACCAGAUGGCAGGAGCCGAGACAGAGGUGUUAAUUGUGCCAGGUGGCUGUCACGGUUACUGCAUGUUUCCUAAGGACACGAAAGGAGCACAAGCUGAUGUUGCAAUGCAGAAGGUAGAGGAUUUCAUAAGUAGGCACAAAUAG